AUGCUCAACACCGACGCUCCCAACUCGACCUUCAUCUGCGGUUCUCAAGGUUCUGGUAAGAGCUACACUCUCAGCUGCAUGCUCGAGAACCUUUUGCUGCAAAAUGCUGAAACCGGACGUGUCCAACAUCCUGUCUCUGGUGUUGUCUUCCACUAUGAUCUUGACUGUGCCUCCUCUAUCGCGGAAGUGGCACAUCUAUGCUCGAAGGGCAUUCAGGUCAAUGUUCUGGUCUCGCAAAGCAACGAGAGGGCAUUGAGACAAGCGUACGAAAGGAUCGGAGAACGACACGGAAAUCUGACCGUGCAACCACUCUUACUGAGAUCGGCGGAUCUGAGUAUCGAGCGCAUGAACAAACUCAUGGCUCUCGCAGAAAAAGAAGGCCCCGCGCCUCUAUACAUGGAAGUUGUCCAACGCAUCCUUCGCCAAAUGGCCAUUCAAGGAAUUUCUGAAUUCGACUACAAACAUUUCCGCAAACUCCUCGCAGCAGAAACGCUCACGCGAGACCAAACCGGUCCCAUGAAUCUUCGUUUCGGCCUCUUAGAGAGUUUCAUGCAUCCCGACGACAUCCCAAACCCAACCCUCCCAAAGAAAAAGUCUCCAAAGAACCCCCCCUCCACAAACCUCUUCAACCUAACCCCCUCCUCCCUAACAAUCCUCGACCUAAGCGACCCCUUCCUCGACCCCUCGACCGUCUGCAUCCUCUUCGACAUCUGUCUCAGCCUGAUCAAAUCCCACCGCCCACCCACCGGCCUCGUCCUCGCUCUCGACGAAGCCCACAAAUUCUUAACCAAAAGCUCCACCGCAGCCACAAAUUUCACCGAACGUCUCUGCACCACGAUCCGCGAACAACGCCACAACGCCACACGCGUCAUCAUCGCGACCCAAGAACCUACCCUCGACCCCAAAAUUUUGGAUUUGUGUUCCACGAGUAUCGUGCAUCGAUUCACUUCUCCGGCGUGGUUUGACGCGAUCAAGGGACAUUUGGCUGGGGGUGCUUUGGGUGGGGAGAGGGGUGGGUGUUGUGGUAGUAUGUUUUCACGGAUUGUGGAGUUGAAUGUUGGGGAGAGUUUGGUUUUUUGUCCGGGGGCUUUUGUUAGGAGGGAUGGGGAGAAAUUGGGGGGUGGGGUUUUGAAGAUGAGGACGAGAGGGAGGUUGGGUGAGGAUGGGGGGAUGAGUUUGUUGGCUAGUAGUGGGUUUGGGGGAGUUUGA